AUGGUCAGAUCUCGACUGCGAACUAGAAACAGAGAGAAAUAUAUUAAGAAAGCUGCCGCGUUGUACUAUGGUUUGAAUCUCAGAGAAGUCCGCAUAUUGGCAUAUCAAUUUGCAACCACAAAUAGCAAGGUCGUUCCAAGAAAUUGGAAGAUGGAUGAAAAAGCUGGGGCUGAUUGGUUUAGUGCAUUCAUGAAAAAACACCCAAACCUCUCAAUCAGAGUACCUGAAUCGACAUCUAUUGCUCGGGCCAUCUACAACAUUGAUGUGCAACGACCUAGCAGAAUAAUUGCUCAAAAAGGUGUAAAGCAAGUUGGAGCCAUAGUCUCGCAAGAACGAGGUCAAAUGGUUACUUUGGCUGUUGCAGUUAAUGCACUGGGGAAAAGUAUUCCACCUGCAUUUGUGUUCUCGAGAGUUGACUACAAAGAUCAUAUUAUUAGACAACCGGGAUCUCUUGGAUUAGCAUAUCCUUCUGGAUUAGCACAGGAUGCCUGGAUGAAAAACAAUCCCGGCCGAUCAAUGACAAUAUAUGAUAUUCCGGAAAUAGUAAAUAAGGCUUUUUCUCAAGCUGCAACACCAGUUAAUAUAUGCUCAGGAUUCAGGGUAGCUGGUGUAUAUCCCUUUCAACGCGAUAUUUUCCAGGAUGAUGAAUAUACACUAUCAUAUACGACCGACCAUCUGGAAAUGUGUUCAAAAAUUACUGAGCGCCAAAAUGGUGAACCUGUUACCGCCAACGAAACACCAACAACGAUACAAACCAGUUUCGUGGCAUCCACUAUUGUUUCAACUGCCAAUCUCAAACCGACAAAUAAUUUCAGCACUAACCCAGAACGUGAUACCGUCUUGACCCAGAUUUCAAGAAAGACGGCUAAAGUGUCGGAAAAGCAAAAGAAAAGUAAGAAUAACAUUCCUAUAAUUACGAGUGACGACAACACACCUUGUCAUUUCUGUGGCAUACUGGCCAAUGUACCUCCAUUUGAAAAUUGGAAGGAAUGUCCGUACUGUAAAGAAUGGUGCCAUGAACACUGUUGCCUAGAGGACUCUAUUUUGUGUUACUCAUGUCUUGGUUAA